UCCCCUAGCCCCUUGCUGUUCAUUCAAACUGUAAGAAUGACCCUAAGACCAUUUAGUGGGUAAAAUGACAAAGGGAAUACACUUCUGUUUUUCAGAAUUAAGUCAUUAAAGAUGGGCUAUAGCUUUACCAGGGAGGAGAGUCGCUGAUACUAACUGCUGUCCUGGAGGGACUUCAUUAGGGAAUGGAAUGUAAACAGUAUAUUUAAGUAUUAAAAUCUCCCUGGCCCACUUUGUGGGUUAUGGUAACUGCCUCAAAGAGCAUUCUGUGGAACCCUCACCUCACAUAGAACUGAGCUGGGAAGGGGCUCGGUGAUUCUUACCUAUUGGAACUGGAUGACACACUUGCAGGCCAAGGAGACCUGAGCUUUUGUGAAGUUCUAGCCAGCAAGUUGCACCAAGGUUUUAGGUGGCAGAGCUUGGCAUUGUGCCUUCAUCACAUGUCUGGAUGAGAUGUGUCCUACUGGUAAAUGUGUCCUACUGGGCCCCAGGGCACUCAUAUGUGGGUUAACUUAUUUUAUGAGUUGGUGUGGAGAUUUCUGGUGUGCUGAAAUAAUGCCUGCAUCAGUAGCUUGCCAGAACCCAAUAUUGAAAUAAACGUUUCUUUAACUACUUCUUCAUCUUUGACUACUUCUUCAUCUUUGAAAUUAAUGGAUGUAAACAUAAUAUAAAGGCAAGUUUUGAAUAGUGGUUAAAAUGUACCUCUAGAAAACUUAAGGGAUAGUGAAAAAAUAUUUAAUGAUAUUCUUGCUGCGUCAGUUGUGCUGAAAUAAAGGGAAUCUUCGGGCUGCAACUUACAUUCUCACUGUCUUUUAUUGUAAUUAUUUUUUUUUUUUAACUUCACCUGUCACUUAAGGGCAGUUUCUUUCUCUUUCUGGAAUUAAAAUAGAGUUGUUUAUAGUUAAAAGCAUUGAGGUUCUCUCCCCCCACCUGUCUGGUUUUAGCAGCUGAAGGGAUUAAUACAGCUGCUAGAAAAGAAAAAAGAGGGGGCCUCUGAGCUAGUGAACAAGCUGUAUGAAAUCCUUGAAGUACAAGGAAUUUAAUGGAGGGAGAAAAUAAAGGACUGGUCUCAAACAAUCCUGUAAUUCAAUGCUAACCGAAACCUUACUCAACAAUUUGAUAUUACAAAUGUAGAGACUGAAAUUUAGAUGAAUUUCGAAUAAUCUGUUUCAAGCCUCAAAACUAAUGCCAUUUGCUUCUGAAGCAAUCUUUAAUGCUGGUAAGCUUAUUUCUGAAUGGUUUGAGCUUGUACAGUUGGUUUAAUAAUAAGAGAGUGCCAGUGAUAAAACACUCUGAAUUUUUUUCUGUAACUAUAAUUAAGUGAUUACUAUAAUGAAAAAACUAGCCCAAAGAAUUGGUUAUAGUGUCUAAAGCAGGUAACUUGGGCCUUACCCCAUCUUGAAAUCCAGUCAGAGGAAAACAUUCUAAGUUUCAAAUUCUGAGUAAUGUAUUAGGAAGCCUUUACACUGUAAUCAUAAGACUUUGAACUACCAACUCUCCAGGAAAAACUGGUUGAGCCGCCUGUCUUUUCUAUAGUUGGAUACUGGUUGAAUAAAUUGUGAGUUUGGAUGCUGUGGGUUGUUUUGUUUUCAUUUUUUAAUUUCCUUCUAGGUAUUGAGCAUUUGUUGGUCUAAUCCUAUGCUCCAAAUAGUAAGCAUGGUAGUUUUUCAUCAUUCAGAAAAUCUUUUGCUGAGCUUUACUCUAGUAAAGCUAGAACAUUGGUCUAUUUUGGCAGAAUGACAUACUUAUCCAAAUUAAGGGGUAGAAAACCAGUGUAUUCCCCACUCCAGUUUCCUUCUUCCAAAAUAGAACCACAGUCUGGUUUAACAAGUUGGUCUACAGUUUCAUAAUACAAUCCCUACCCUUGUGACUAAGCUCUCUCCCUGGCAGUCUGGUUCAUCUUAGAUUGAUGUCUGAAGGGCUAACAUUACCUAGGAAGGUCUGUAGAAACUAUGAAGUACAACCCAUUUGUGGUUGGCUUUUUGUUUGUUUUGGGUGAGUGGGUAAAUGGAGGCAUAGAGAGGCAGAGUGACUUAGUUCUUAAUACUUCAUAUUGAAUUGUGUGCCAGAUACCACCUUCCUAAAACUUUAUUCUAAGAGUCAGAUUUUUUUCUUACCUUAGUGGAAGCCUGAGCAUAUAAAGACUUGUUUUUUUUCUCAUUUAGCUCCGACUCCUGGUCGUUAUCACCACUCACUGCCUUCCUUGUUCUGAUUCUCAGUGUCUGUUUCACUGAAACAGACUGAUCCUUGGGAGACAGAGUAGAACAGCUAUUCUUCUAGUGGUAUUUUAUGGCCUAUAAGAAAAACUUAGGGUUUGUUUGAGGAAGGAAGGGAGGAGGGCACAUCUGGGAAAGGAUGGAAAGCAUGCUAUUCCCAACCCCACUCUUAGGCCUGUGCUCCCCAUUUAGAGACUAAUAGGCUGCUUAGACUGUUCUUUUCACCUUAAAAUUGUUUUUUGUAGGUUUUGUUGGUUUGGUCUGGUUUGGUUUGGUUUUGGUAGGACAUGGGAGAUGGGGAGAGGGAUGUGUUCUUACUGGACCACUGAAAUAUGUUUGGGGAAGGUUGCUGUUGCCUGUCACCUUUGUCUAAUCCUGUGUGGUGACUUUCAUUCUCAGAUUAAAAAAUUCUGUGUUUCCUGUGAGGCAUGUUGUACCAAGUUGGGCUGCAUAACUCACCUUUGUUUUUUUCCUUCCCUUUCCUUCUUUAUUCCCCUUUUUUGCUUUUCUCCUCCAGCUAUGCUUCCUGUGUCUUCAGCCUUGAAUGUCACUGCUGCCUUAGGGCAGCCUGAAUCUACCCUUCCCCCUUCUUGUUCCCUGGCUCCCCAACAAUGCCCUCUGGCAACCCCUAACCAGCCUUCCCCAUCCCUUUCUCCCUCUAGUGUUGCUUCAACCCCUUUUGAAGCUCCUUUUCCCCAGUCAUCCUCUGGGACAGCCCUGCCUUUGGGAGUUGUCCCUUCCCCCACUGACACCCCAGCUUUCCUGCCAAACCUACUAGGGCCUCCCAUCUCCCCAGCUGCCUUAGCUCUGGCCUCUCCCAUGAUAACUCCAACUCUGAAAGGCGCCCAUUCUUCUUCAGCUCCCUUGGCUCUGGUGGCCUUGGCUCCCCACUCAGUUCAGAAGAACUCUGCUCAUCCACUUAACCCUCUUAGUUCACCUCCUUCGAUUGCUGUGACUAAGUCAGGGUCGGUGACCUCCCUGUCAUCUCCCAUUGCUUCCUCAGAACCAAAGACCUCUCCUAUUCAAGACCCCUUACAAGUAGACCCUCGAAACAUUACCCCCAUCCCUCCAAGUAUAGUCAGUGCUGUUCCUGCCCAUGUUGGAACUCCCUUGGCCUCUGUUCAGUCUGGAGUAGCCUCAUGUCCUCAGAUGCCACCCACCACUCCCCUAGCCAUCACUCCCCCUCAGUUCAGAGACAUCCCUGUUUCCUCAGCUCUGACUUCUCAACAAAACAAGGAAAGCCUCAGCCUAAAGGGACCCCAUAGUUCGCCUGCUGCCUUAUCUGUUUCAACCCAGUCUAUUUCUGUGUCUCCCAACAUCUCUCCAGUUUUUCUCCCUUCUCUAGGCUCUCACCCUGCACCUUUACAUCAGACUUCUCUUGGUUCUCCUAUUCAGCCCUUAGGUCAAACAGGCCAUAAUGUUCUGUCAGAUGCUAUACUAGAUGCCACUUCUGCAGAUCAUUCUUCCACAGGGACCUCUUACCCUUCUCAGAGAUCUGUAAUUCCUCCCCCUCCUUCCAAAAAUGAGGUGACUUCUGCUGCUGUGGCUGCUUUUCCAGCAGGGACUCAAGAUUCCCCUCUGACUCUUUCUGUUGACAAAGAUCCCUCUGCUGCCACUGGCAUAGCCUCCUACAACCCCUCUGGUUCAUUAAAUGUAGCUACCUCUUCUCCAUUAUCUCCUACAGCCUCUCUCAUUCUCAAAGGUUCUCCUGAUGCCACUCAUCAUCAGCCUUUGGUGGCCCAAAUUCCUGCUUCUCCAGAGAGUCCAAGCUUGAAAGAAGCUCCUGUUUGUUCUGUUGGAACCACCCCAUUUGUUAUGGCUAACCCCUCUACAGUUUCUGCAGCACCUACUACCUUUGAGAUAGCUACUUGUGUCUCUCCUCCAGUUUCAUCAGGUCCCAUAAGUAGUAAGGACUCCACUUCCCAUACUGCCCUUGUUAUGACUCCUGUGGCUCCCAAAGAGCUUCCUGCUCCUCAAGUAACAACCCCUCUGGGAAUACCAGUCUCUCCUUCUCUGCCAGCCCCUGAGAACCCCAAAAGUCUCCCUGCAUCAGUAUUGGUAAAGUUACCAACACAGAAAGAUCUCCAGACUUCACCUGCCUCUGUUGCUGGAGCCCCUGUUUCACCGGUCCAGGCAGGACUCCCUAUCAAGAAAGACCCUACUCUAAUACCAUUGGCCCUGGCAGCCCCUAAAAAUCCCCCCUCUUCCCAAAGUACAUCAUCAUCAUUGGAGAUCCCUCUUUCCACUGAAACCACCUUAGCAAAGAAAAGCCUUGUAGAGCCUCUCCCUCUAGUUAUGCCAGUCAAUACUGCUCCCUCUCCUCUGGGUGUUAACUCUCCAACCUCUGUAAUCAAGACAGAUCCUUAUGCAAGCCCAGACCCCACGAGUCUGCUUCCCAGAAGUUCUCUCCCUACCCCAACCAUGGCUACAUUUUCUGCUGCCACUGCUGGGGUGGCUCCUACCACUAUAGCCAGCCCUUUCCUAGGAGCUGUCUCUUUGACUCAUGAAAGCCACCCAGACAAGGAGAUUAGUUCCACUCUUACUAUUUUACCUUUGGUUCCACCAGCCUCCGAAAGUUGCCCUGUGGCUCCAACUGUGGCUUUAUCCCCCCAGAAUGUUUCUGCUUUUCCAGCUGCCAUGGCACUGGCCCCCGAAAUUCCCAAGUCUGAGCCCUUUCCCUCUCUUCCUCCUCAAGGUGCAAAGAAAGUUCAUGGUAUUUCUCAUACCUCGGCAUUGGAACCUGUGGCUUCCUCUCCUGAAGGGCACCCAACCAAGGACUCUGGUUCUUCUGUUAAUACAUCUUCUCAAGGAACUUCCCUAGCUGACUCCACAUCUCGUUUAGGGACUAGUGUGUCUCCCCAAACUAAAAGACGUCCAACCAAGAAGGGUUCAACUACUUCUACCUUAACUCUUUCUAAAAGUGUACCUGCUGUCCCUGAUACUCCUCCUGGAAAUCACUCAUCCCCUAUUUCUCCAGUUGAAGCUUCCUUUCUUCCAGAGGCCAAUCUUUCUUUUCAAGUCCCUAAAGGGUCACUGGCCAAGAAGCAUUCCCCUACUCCAUCCCCCAAAGAGGCCCCAGAUACCCCAUCUCCCAAAGAGGCCUCCACUCCCCCAGCUGUGGCUCCUCCCUCCCCCAAAAAGUCCCAAGCAGCUCCAUCCCCCAAGAGAGCCCCAGCUACUCCAUCUCCCAAAGGAACCUCCACUGCCCCAGCUGUGGCUCCCCCCGCCCCCAAAGGGGGCCCAACAACUCUAUCCCCUAAAGAGACAUCCACUCCAGCAGUGAAUCCUUCCUGCCCCAAAGGGGCUCCCAGCCCCCAGGCCAUAGCUCCUCCCUCCCCCAAAGGGGGCCCAGCAACCCCAUCCCCUAAAGAGCCUUCCACUCCUCCAUCUAUGACUCCUUCCUCCCCCAAAGAGUCCCCAGCUACCCAACUUCCCAGAGGGGCCCCUACCCCAGAAGCUGUGGCUCCUGCCUCUUCCAAAGAGUCCCAAGCAACUCCAGCCCCCAAAAGAGCCCCAGCUGUGGCUCCUCCAGCCCCCAAAAAGUCCCAAGCAACUCCUGCCCCCAAAAGAACCCCAGCUACUCCAUCUCCCAAAGGGGCCUCCACUGCCCCAGCUGUGGCUCCCCCCUCCCCCAAAGGGGGCCCAGCAAUUCCAUCCCCUAAAGAAACCUCCACUCCCCCAGCUAUGACUCCUUCCUCCCCAAGAGAAUCCCCAGCUACCCAACCUCCCAACGGAGCUCCCACUACCCCAGCUGUGGCUCCUGCCUCUCCCAAAGAGUCCCAAGCAACUCCAGCCCCCAAAGGGGGCCCAGCAACCCCAUCCUCUAAAGAGACUUCCACUCCACCAGCUAGGACUCCUCCCUCCCCCAAAGGGGGCCCA